AUGGCGCCCUCGAAACAAAUUGCCAAGACCUCUCAGGUUGAGGCACAAAUUGAUCCUGAUCAGACCCUGAAGGCAUCAAAGGCUCUCCUGGCCCACAUCAAAAAGGCGUCGGAGGAACAGACAAAGACCACCGGGAAGAAGAAUAUCCUUGAUGAGAUUGAAGAAGAUGGAAGCCUCACACUCGCCGAAACCCCAAUCUGGUUGACUCUCACUACCAAGCGCCACAUUGUCGAUACCAACCGCUUGAAGCCCGCCAAGAUCUCCCUCCCGCACUCCCUCCACACCAAUGUCCACGAAUCGAUCUGCAUCAUCACGGCCGACCCUCAGAGAGCGUACAAGAAUAUUGUUGCGUCUGACGAAUUCCCCGCCGAGCUAAGGGCGAGGAUAGGACGGGUCAUCGGCUACAGCAAGCUGAGGGCCAAGUAUAGGCAGUACGAGGCCCAGCGCCAACUCUUUGGCGAGCAUGACAUCUUCCUUGGCGAUGACAGGAUAAUCAACCGACUUCCCCAGGCUCUGGGUAAGACGUUCUAUAAGACGACAGCAAAGCGACCUAUUCCCAUCGUCCUCCAAAAGUCGCGACCCAAGGCCAAGGCGAAGAAGACGCCAAAGCAAAAGGACGAUGAGGAUGCCAUCAGCUCUGCCCUCGUCGCCCUCACCCCAUCCACCAACACUUCCAUCAAGGUCGGCUACGCCUCUUGGAAGCCCGAGCAGCUCGCCGAAAAUAUUCAGGCUGUUGCCUCCGCCUUGGUCGAGAACCACGUUCCUAAGAAGUGGAACAACGUCAAAAGCAUCUACGUCAAGGGCUCUGAGACCACGGCGCUCCCUAUCUGGCAGACUGAGGAACUCUGGGUCGACGGUAAAGACGUCAUUGCCGACGCCGACGCCAAGGCCCUUGAGGGACCCGAGAAGGCGAAUGUUGGAAAGAAGCGAAAGACCAUUGAGGGAGUCAAGGAAGGCAAGAAGGGGCCCUUGAGUAAGAAGCAAAAGGUGCCUGAGAGCAACGACGAUACUCUGAAGAAGCAGAUCGCCGAGACAAAGACGAGACUUCGGAAACAAAAGGAUAAGGCCAAGGCGGCGUUGGAUUGA